CGGCCGGGGCCUCCGUCGCGUCGGCUCUCUUCCGGUUCCGGUGUCUCCCCCGCUCUCCUGCUUGCAGCCAUGGCCGCCGCGUCGCCCCUGUCCCCCGAGGAGCUGCUGCUGCCCAAGGGCGGCCCGGGCAAGGCGGAGGAGCUGGAGGAGGAGCUGGAGGAGGACGACGACGAGCUGGACGAGACCCUGAGCGAGCGGCUCUGGGGCCUGACCGAGAUGUUCCCGGAGAGCGUCCGGACCGCAGCGGGAGCUACCUUCGAUUUGUCCCUCUCUGUGGCCCAGAGCAUGUACCGAUUCUCCAGGGCAGCUCUGUGGAUUGGGACUACCUCCUUCAUGAUCCUCGUUCUUCCUGUUGUAUUUGAAACUGAGAAACUGCAGAUGGAGCAACAGCAGCAGCUGCAGCAGCGACAGAUUCUCUUAGGACCCACUACAGGGUUGUCUGGCAGUAUACCAGGGGCCCUGCCACCACUUUCUGGAAAGAUCUAACUUCCAAAAGCUGCUUCAAUCCAUAUUACAUGGGGAGACCUCAACAUUGAUUCAUUUGAACUGUUGGUUUGUCAGUCUGGGCAUUCCCCCUGCCUCUUUUUUUUUUUUAAACUUUGGGACACUGACCUAUCCAUAAUGGGGCAAAAUCCCCUCUCCUGGACCUUUUUUUUGACAGGCUUCUGCCUGUAGCUUCCCCUCCCCAAAGGUAACAUUUUUCCUUUUAUCCAGUCAGUCCAUGCAGUGAGCAGUUACAGAGACUUCAAAUUGAAGAGCGCCUGUUGUGGGCUCCUUACCUUCGGACACAAAUUAGGCUCUGGCACGUUUGUUCAGUAAAUUCUGCAAUUAAAAGAAAAUCCUGUAUUUCUCCUGGCUAAAUCAAGGCCAGAAGAGGCCAGUGAUAGAAAGGAAGGAGUGAAUUUACCAAGAGGCAGAGUACAAAGAGUAGUAAGUUUCAUCUGAGCCCUGUAGGAAAACUUGUUUUCAAUAUUUUCUUUGCAAUUUUUUUUUGUUGGAGGAGGAAAGGGGAGCACAUUUGGUUAAAGAUUUUGCCUAUGCCGAUUGUUUGCAUCAUAAAACAACUACACUUUGGAAAUCGGCUGCAUAUCUUUUUUGUAUUAAAUAUUAAAUAAAUUGAACCCAAA